CUCGCCCGUCCCGCAGGCUCACACGACUCCAGACGGAUUGAACGCAGAACUUUUUUCGGUGACGGGUACGAACAAGCCGAUGCCACGCCCCGUCCUCGACGCCUUGCGACCACGCCCCGAAUUCUGCUCUCCCGUGCGCCGACCUCCCCAACUGCUGCACCGAUGAAGCGGGCUCCCCUGCAACGAUGGGGCGGCCAAUUGCUGCAGGCCCGCUCGGGAGCUGCCAUGGCCGCUUCAGCAGCUCGACAGCCCUUCGCCGCGAGCUUGCACCGGCACGCCUCGUCGGCCGCCGCCGCCCAAUCCCUCGCCGACGACAUCUCCGCCGAGGCUUUGCGGUCACCUCUUCCCUCUCCUCCGCCUCAACGGGCUGCCGAGUCCGCCAAGCUCGCCGCCCUCCACGCCCGCUUGUCCCUCUCCAAUAAGAUCCCCCUAGAGACGCUCGCCCGCACCCUCGUUGUCCCCUCCGCCGACGUCAACGCCAGCUUCAACAACUCCAACCUCGCCUUCCUCGGAAGCACCUUUAUCAACUACCACGUCCUCGAGUACCUCGCCGUCAAGUGGCCCCGCCUGCCCAUGACUAUCCUCUACGAGGCCCUGCGCGCCUACGCCGGCAAGGAAUCGCUGCACCAAAUAGCCCGCCGGUGGGGUGUCGAGGCCGCCGCCGCUCCCGGCGAGGAAGUCGAUCCCGGUCUGCUACAAUGGAAGCCGCAAGCGUCAGGCCUGCAAACACGCUGGGGUUACGUUCGUGCAGAGGCUGCCCACGCCGAACAGUUCGAGGCUCGCCGUGGUAUCAGCAGUCGUGUGGUCAUGGACGACGAGUUUGGCGACACCCUGCAGGCGCCAAAGACCGACCCCGAGGCCUUUAAAUUCUACCAAGACGAGGCCUACGGUUCCUUCGUCCAGGCCGUUGUUGGCUCCAUCUACACCCACUGUGGACGCGAGGCCACUCGCGACUUUGUGCAGUCCCACAUUCUCUCCCGCCAGAUCGACCUCUCCUCCAUGUUCCAGUUCCAACUCCCCACCCGCGAACUCGCCAUGCUCUGCGCCCGUGAGGGCUUCUCCUCCCCCAUCGCCCGUCUCGAGAGUGAGACCGGUCGUUUGUCCCGCACACCCGUCUUCGUCGUUGGCAUCUAUAGUGGCCAGGAGAAGCUCGGCGAGGGUUCCGGCCCCAGCCUUAACAUUGCCAGGUGGAAGGCGUCAAUGAACGCCCUCAAGGCCUGGUACAUGUACAGCCCCGGCAACAAGGUCCGGGUGCCCAGCGACAUGUUUGAGGAGGAUGCCAAGCCUUGGAAGGCGCCCCAUAUCGACAUUGGUGAGAUCAUCUAAACGAGACUCAUGGUUGUAUUUGUGGAUGUGGCGCUGUUGGCGAUGCUGGGCUGGAUGCAUCGGCCGUGUGUGGAUAAUGACAAAACAAAUUUUGCCUUGGCCAGGCACUGUAUAAAAUACAUGGAGCAAGGAGAUUCCUAAAGGAAAUGGCUGGGGAACGUCAAUGUAAGAUACAAUGUAGAACAAUGACCAACUCCUCGACAAAUGGCGAGUCAAAAUCAAAGAUUUACAU